UUAAUCGCUAGGCUUUUAGAAAGGAUGCUACUUUCGUUGAUCUAAUAUGUCUGAAUCUUCCCCCAUCUUGCUGCAGCUCAGGUGCCUCUUGGUUCGUUUCCACUUCAAAGGUUCUCUUUUUCUUCCUCCAAGACAACUGGAGAUAAAGCUACAGCUGAUGCAAACGAAUCAGGUCUUGACUCAUAACCCUCCCAAGGUUCGAGAAGAGGAGGAGUUGUCAAUGGAUGAUUUGGUGAAGCUGGUGGCUGAGAAGGAAGAGCUACUGUCUGAAAAGGAGGAAGAGAUUACAAAUGUUAUGGAUAGAACAAGACGUGAUGCUGAAAACACCAAGAAGUAUGCCAUACAGAAUUUUGCAAAGAGCCUUUUGGAUGUCGCGGAUAAUCUUGGAAGAGCUUCUUCGGUUGUCAAGGAAAGCUUUUCAAAGCUUGACACUACGAAAGAAGAUUUGGCUGGAGCGACUCCACUCUUAAAGACACUUUUAGAAGGUGUGGAGAUGACUGAUGAGACUGUCCAAAUCUGUGUGUUGCUGCAGGUAUUUAAGAAAUUUGGUAUGGAGAAGUAUGAUCCAAUCAACGAGCCGUUUGAUCCAAACAGACAUAACGCAGUGUUUCAAGUCCCGGAUGCUUCUAAGCCACAAGGCACGGUUGCUCAUGUCCUCAAGUCUGGAUACACGUUGUUUGAUAGAGUUAUAAGACCAGCUGAGGUUGGUGUUACUCAAGGAGGAGAGAGCGAAGAAGACAAGAAAGAGUCUGAUGCUUAAAAAAGAAGUUAGCUGGUUUUCAUAAGUUUUUACUACUGUUCUUUGUUUCGAGCAACUCAAUUAACAGUGCCAUGGUUUUCUCUUGUCGUUUGGUUUAUUCAUUGGAUGAACAAGAUCCCCCAUAAGUUGCUGGACAUGGCAUCUUGCAGGGGAAGCCCUGCUACACACGCUCUACCAAGUCUCUUUUG